AGUGGCGCGCAGUUAGCGCUUGAACAGGCCUAAAUGAAGAGCGAUCGUCACGGGGACAGGUGAUCGAUAGCGAUUGCGAGGAGCCGCGUGCGACUGUGUGUGAGUGCGCGCGCGCCUGGUCGCACAGGGUAAUCGUGGCGGUGACGCGCGGGGGUAGGGACGGAGAGGAGCAAGAUGGAAUUCUUCCUGAUUCUCGUCUGUCUGAUUGCGCCGCCCACCCUCUCGCUCUCGAUCAAGAGCAAGCUCAAUCCACGGAUCGUUCAAACACGGUACGGCGAGGUGCAGGGGGUCGUACGCUCCUUCGAGAAACCCAACUUCCUCAAGCCAAUCGACGUCUACCUUGGGAUACCGUACGCCACCCCUCCGAUCGGCAGUAACAGAUUUUCCCCGACCAAGGCGGCCAGUCCGUGGGAAGGAGUCAGAUUAUCGGACACGCUGAGUCCAGUCUGUCCCCAAAAGCUGCCCGACAUCUCGAAUGAGCAAGAAGCGCUGGAGCGUAUGCCGAAGGGCCGGCUGGAGAAUUUGAAGAGGCUGUUGCCCUACCUGCGAAACCAGAGCGAAGAUUGCCUCUAUUUGAACAUUUACGCACCGACCAUGGGCAUGGGGGACAGCGGUAGAAAGCAUCCGGUGUUGCUGUACAUCCACGGCGAAAGCUACGACUGGGGCAGCGGAAAUCCGUACGACGGCAGCGUGCUGGCCAGCUACAACGACCAAGUGGUUGUGACGAUGAACUACCGGUUGGGCGUGCUCGGCUUUCUCAACGCCAGACCAAUAUCCCCUCAGACCAAGGCGAGGGUCGCGAAUUACGGGCUGAUGGAUCAGAUCGCGGCGCUUAAAUGGGUCCAAGACCACAUCGCCCUGUUUGGCGGAAAUCCCAAGAACGUGACGCUGAUGGGCCAAGGCACUGGGGCCGCCUGUGUUCAUUUUCUCGCCAUCAGCCCAACGGUCAGCCGCGAUCUGUUCACGAGGGCCAUCCUGUUGUCUGGCAGCGCUCUGUCGUCGUGGGCAGUGGUCGAGGAUCCUGUUUCCUACGCUCUGAAAAUUGCCAAGGCCGUCAACUGCACCAUUCCCGAAGACCUGGUGAAUAACAAUGAACGGAUCGUGGACUGUCUUCGGGAUCGUAGCCUGGAGGAACUGAUGCAGGUCGACAUACAACCACCGACGUUCCUCAGCGCUUUCGGGCCCAGCGUCGACGACGUGGUCAUCAAGCCAGACUUCCAGAAGGACCUGUUAUCGUACAUGGGCCCGGAGUUCCAAGGAUUCGGGCCACUGCCGAAGAGAGCCGAACACGGAGCUCCAAUCACGAGCAACAACAAGUACGAUUUGUUAUUCGGCGUUACUACCAGUGAGGCACUGUGGAAAUUUUCCGAGAGGGACGUACAGCUAGGAUUCGAGGGCGAGAGGAGAGACAGGAUCAUCAGGACGUACGUGAGGAACGCGUACGUGUAUCAUCUCACGGAGAUAUUUUAUACGGUGGUGAACGAGUAUACCGAUUGGGAACGCACGGUGCAGCAUCCGGUGAAUACGAAGGACGCCUGUGUCCAAGCACUAAGCGACGCCGAAAUCGUCGCGCCAUUAGUGCAAACUGGUGAUCUUUUCACCCUGAGACACACGAAGAAGUCGAAUAAUCCGCACAUCGCGCCGAUUCCUGAAAGCGAGAAGGAGCCGAUGCCCAAGACGUAUUUCUACGUGUUCGACUAUCAAAUGAAGUACGGUGACUAUCCUCAGAAAAUGGGCUCUGUCCACGGCGAGGAAUUGCCAUUCGUCUUCGGGGCGCCAUUGGUGGGCGGCUUUGGUCACUUCCUAAGAAACUACAGCAAGUUUGAAGAGGCACUCUCCGAGAGCGUCAGUGAACAGUUCGCGAAUUUCUGCAAAAUCGCGAACCCGAACGUGAUCGAUCACCACGGUCGAAACGACACGUUUCUGCCCAUCAGCGGGGAGAAAAACCGUUUCCGUAGCUUGACGUGGGAACAAUACGACCCGGUGCACCAGAAAUACUUGGAGAUCGGCCCGAAGCCGAAGCUGAGGUAUCAUUACAGAGCUCAUCAACUGUCUGUUUGGUUACGUCUUGUCCCGGAACUCCAUCGAGCCGGAAUGGAGGACGUGGAUUCGAAGCACAACCUAUUCCGUGGACACUCGGACCCCAGCUUGUACGACGGAUCGGUGAGGCCAGAUCCACUGAGCAGGAUCAGCGAGGAAUUCAAAAGGAAGAAUACCACCACCGAGCCACCGACCACUACGGACUACAAUGCUGCCACGUGUGUCAGUUACAUUCAGAACACGAAUUUUCAAAACGUUCAUAACACCAGUACGGAUCCGCUUGCCAGUCUGGAUGCAGCUGGGUAUGCCGCAUACUCGACAGCUCUCAGCGUGACGAUCGCGAUCGGAUGCAGUUUACUGAUUCUGAACGUGCUGAUCUUUGCGGGAGUGUACUAUCAGCGGGACAAAACGAGGCUCGAAGUGAAAAGCCUUCAGCAGCAACAAUUGUUGAAUCAACAGUGCGGACCACGAGGUUUCUCCGAACUCAAACAACCGCCUCCGCCGCACUCUCAUUUCCCUGGAAGCGGUCAGGUUAUCGUCGACGUCGAGAACGCCGAGAUGCUCAGAAGGAACGUUAUGAAAGGCCCUCCGAACGAUCCCAACACGCUUCUCCAACAGGGCCAGGGAACUCACACGUUGCCUCAUCAACACCAUUAUCAAAAGCAACAUCAGCAACAGCAUGCCACUCUUCCCCGAGCUUCCGUCAUACAGGACAUGAAUGCACAAACCCAAGGUCCACCAAACGGGUCCAUACAUCUGACAGUACCAAGAGCUCCGCCACCCCCGCGAGCAAAGAGUCCACCCGAGAACCAGCCCCUGCUGCAGAAUGCCACCGUGUCGAGUCGUGUGUCCCAGGCUACGAUGAGCGAGAUGAGGGUGUGAUGCUUGGACCCCCCUCCGAAACCUGUCGUGCCGGACGUUCUUACGGCAUCGACUUUGCUUUAAAUAGCAAACGCGCCGUGUCGUCUGUGCCAGUCAA